AUGGUCCACGAAGUCGCUCACGCUUUCUACAUGGCUUUCUCUCCUGGUCAAGAGAUUAUCCACCACGAACCUUUCAUGAACCUUUCACGUGUAGCUGAACUGGGGUACGCAUUGACCAAACACCUUUUUGGCGCCGCUAUCAACGUGACUGGCGGCAAUCCUGAGCACAUGGGUGUUCCCUUUGGCCUUUACUUCUACGACUGGCCAGACACCGACAACAGGAACGACAAGUACAAAGCAAGGUACAGCCUUGCUCGUGCUGGGGUGACUACCCACACUUACUAUGUCUUACCCAUGUCCCACAUUCUGAAGAUCCUAUAUCCAGGAUUUUGGGACGACGAAGCCUUGAGAUAUGGAGCCAUUGCCAGUCUGAGAUUACCCAAACAGCUUGGCGUGAGAUAUCGCUACGACGACUAUAAACUCUGGCUCGAUGAACACAAAACAGACAUGGAGUUUGAGGCCUCCUUGCCUCCUGACGAACUGCAACCAGACAUCGCCGAGGGUAUAAUAACCCACGAUGCAGCAGUACCACUUGAUCUGCACAGCGAAGUCCACAAAGAUCAAUUACGCCACAUCGCAAACUCAGCCAGACCUUGGGAGUUUGUCAAGGAUAUGAGUAUGAAAGACUUUCCCCUGAGUUGGGAUUUGGUGGAUAGGUUCCAUCCUGACUCUAUUGGAAACAUCGAAGGAAAUUAUGUAGAUCCGCUUAAUGCGUUGCCUGGGUUUGAUGCUGUGGUGCGUCAGCAUGGAUUGAGGGCGUUUAUCCGUAAUUCCAAGAUGAAGAAGGAGAAGGCGAGGAAGAAGAAGAUUGAGUUGCGUAAGAAGAAAUAA